UGCGCUCUGCGGUGCAGACUAGACCGGCCGGCUGCCUCAAGACUCAUAGCCCAGGGAUUGCCCCGUUAUUCCGCCGAGUGCAGUCAGCGUGUUGUGCGUGAAGUGUGCUUGGACGCCGCUAACAUGUUCCCCCGCUCCGCUCUCUCUCUGUGCGCGGUCCUGGCUCUGCUUCUGCCGCUCCAAGUGAUCUCGCAGGAGUUGGACCUGUCUGAUGCUCUUGAUCCAGUAGUGACCCCUACAGCGAAGCCUGCAACACCAGCACUUCCAGCAGGUGGUGCCGGGAAAGAAGGUGUCGACCUGUCCCUGGACGACGCAGUUGAUGCCACCACAACCACCAAAGCCCCACCCAAAAUGGCCCCCAAGGCGCCCGCCAGCACCAAGGCGCCAGUGAAGCCCAAACCAAAUACAAACCCAGCUGCUCCUGAUGACUUUGACCUGGCUGAUGCCCUGGACCCAAGCAACGACAAUACUGGAAAGGAUAAGAAAAGGGUGCAGGGAGGUGACUUCUCUGACGACGACCUGGCGGACGUGGGUAAAGACUCCUCAUACAAACCAGACAAGGGCAAAGGCGCCAAGCCCAGUGACCCUGACCACAUCGACCAGUAUGACGACAACAGCGACACCACAGCCGAGGUGGGCACUAUUGCUGGGAUAGUCUCUGCAGUUGCGAUGGCGCUGGUGGGGGCCAUCAGCAGCUACAUCUCAUUCCAGAAGAAGAAACUGUGCUUCAGUAUACAGCAGAGUCUGAACGCAGAGAUGGUGAAGUCUGAGAAUCCAGAUGCGGUGGUGGCCACAGAGCCACAAGUCCAGCAGACUCUCCUGGAGUCUGCCAACGCAGAACCUCCAGCUGAAGAGAAUGCAGUGUAAUCUCCUCCAGUCCACCCCUGACCUGUACACCACACUCUCACACACACACACCCACGACAACACACAGGUACACACAAGCACACACACUCCCCAGAUGCUGCAUACGCUGCUCUGAAUGUGACUUUUUAACUUUAUUUUACUGCUGUGACUCUUGGCUCAUACCAAACUUUGCCAGUAGCUUUUGUACAUAGUUAUUUAUUAUUUCUCCAGACUUGUGUAGGUCUGCAGAUCUGUUUGCCUUUUUGUUUUUACUAACCUGGAACCAUGAAGGCAAUGUUUUCAUGUACAGCAGGAAGUGUUUUAAUUUUGAUUCAGUAUUUUUGUGUGAUCAGAACAGCUCAUAUAAGAGAGCGACCGGAUUUCUGGGGGAUUUGCAGCGUGUUAUAGCACACAAGGAGCAUGCAAAGGAUAAUAGAUGUUUUAUUUCAAGUCAGUUUACGAUUCAAUACUCAAUACCGUUCUGGGAAAAAAAAAGUUUGUGAGGGCGGUUGCCAUGUUUGUUUACUGUUGGCCCGUUAUGGUACUUGUCCUGUUUAAACUGGAAAACUGCUCUCUUUUAAUCUUAUGGAAACCCAUGACUAGUUUAAGGAUAUAUUAAAAAAUAACAUGGAAUUCAUUUAAGAUUGUAUUGUACCUUAUACCUAGUAAAUAAGUCAUAACUCUGAGCCACUUAUUCUAACACAUGAAGAAAAGUUGUAAAGAAGGUGUGGUAUUUUGCCUUUUUUUCUCAAUAUUUCAUAUAUGUAAUAAUAAUAAUGACAAUAAUAAUAAUAAUAAUAAUAGUAAUGUUAGUUGUGUAUCUUAUAAUGCAGUUGCCUUGUUUCUACUGUAAGGCAUCUGAUAAUUGUCUCUACUUACAGCCUGUAUCUUUUUCUAGUUUUUUAGACCACUGUUUUUGAUAAUAUUAAGGAAAGGAAUGUUGCGUGGAGAUUAGUUGUAAGAUUGUUUUGGGAGAGAUAAACAAUUCCUAUAGUCUCCAACUAAUGGCUAAACAGUAACAAUAAUUAGAAAUAAUAGUCAAUGAACUUAAUGUAGCAUUACAGAUAAGCUAGCGAAAUUAUUCUGCUGCCUUUUAUUUAAAUUGAGCUUUUGAACAAUGAAACUGUGGACACUUUUUAAAAACUGUGAUACUGGAAAUGAUGAUUUUUUUUGCCAAAUAUUAUGUGGCUAUAGUGAUUCCACUGAAAAUUAAUCUCACCUGCAGCCUUUUUUAAGCACCCUAGAGCGACCUGAAGCUGAAAAUGUUCUUGUAAUUGCAAUAAUUGUACAAAAGCCACAAAUAGACAAUCCCAAAAACAAUGUUAAGGACUGUGCCCCGUGCCACUGCUUCCCACAGUGUGCACUUCUAAACGUCUUACUAAUAUAAAGAGUGCGUGAAUGGACAUGGGAUCGUUGACAUGUGAGGAUAGUUGACAGUGGUUGGGAGGUGCGGGAUCGUGCAGAAAAACAAAGUUGUUAGCGACAUUAGCAGUAGUUAGCUUCUGGACUUGGCUGUGUCUGUGUGCUGUAGAGAGUAGUGCGGCUUGUACAUAUUUAGUGAGCAGUUUUGUGUGGUCAGUGUGUUUGAGCUAUACUCUUCCUCUCGUCUUUUUACACUUUGUACCCGAGUUUGGCCUGUAGCUUAGCCUGUAGCUGAGCAGACACUUUUUGUAAAUUCAGCUUUCUGGUCGUACUGCAGCUUGCAUGUAGGGGGUGGAGGAGCAGUAGAUUUCUGCAGUAGCGUUGUAGACCCCAGUGGCCUGUGAGAAUGUGGGGGAGAGGAGAGCCAGAUGAAGAUUACAGAGCAGCUUGGAACAGGUUCAUGGAUACAAGGUUUAUGUUUUGGAUAAAAUCCUCAGCAAAUAUGUGUACAGUUUCAUUACACAGGGCUGUUCAGUGGGCCAUUCAAGCACCACAGUCUUUAGUUUUACUAAACCAAGCGUGACUGGAUGGUAAAGUGGGUAGAGGGUCUAUGCAUAUCUCUGGUUUUGGCUUUGUGCCUCUCUGAGGGGACACACUACUUAAGCCUUUUAAUGUCUGUGUGCCAAAUAUCUUUUGUGUUUGGCUUCCCCUGGGACACUGCAGCAGGACUGUGCGGCUGCUGAAAUGAAUGUUUUAUAGUGUUGAUACUGAAGAUGAAGGGAACAAAAUGUUUAGCAAGUAUCUUUAAUCAGACAAUUGUGAUCUGACCAAGCACCUUCUCCAAAAGUCUUUCUAGAUAUAAUGCAGGAAUUUUUACCAGAAAGAAAAAAAACUGUUUAUAUCUAGCAAUUUCUUUGCUGAAAUGUGACAUGAAGGAUGGCAGAGGCCUAUGUUAUUUCUAUGUGCCUCUGUAUUGGCCUGUCUCACUGGACACAGCAGUCCCUCCUUCUGCUGAGAAAGUGUCCCGCAGAAGUGACUGCUUCUUUCUAAGGUCAUCAAAACCCAAAAGAGCACAACUUUCAGUUUAAUGAAUGUAUAGAACAUGUGACGGAGAAAAAACGUAGCAACAGAUCUUCACCAAAGAUGAAGGAUUCGAGUUUAUCAAAUAAAACGGUCAAAACUGCAUUGCAAAAAUUGCACCAUUUGCUCUAUAUAUAGCUAUUCUUUGCACCUAAAAUUCUUUGUCAUAUCCUCACAAAAGGCUCGGUGUGAUAGGAUUGACAGCAUGAAUGUCACUUUAUAACUGUAAAAUUUUUCUAACCACAUCUUCACCACGUCGACCUGGCACUGCUGCCUGUGCCAAGUGUAUAGGGACUCUUUAAGUCACAAAGUUGAACACAGUAACUGUAUGUGACUCCUCACUGCCUUACCUCACAUCAACACUGUGCACUGACACUGACCCCCGCUGACUUUACUCCACUGCUGUUCAGCCCAAAUGUGCUCCUGAGAAAGGAUACUUUCUCUUCCUUAACUAACCUGUUGCCAUAGCAGUGACUUAACUCUUUUGUAAACACCUUGUCAUUACCCUGUUUGCUGUGCAUUGUGCCUUCAGUCACAUGACCCGGGCCCUCCUGUAGCGCCCCCUGUUGCCCACCGCAGUGCCUGGUCCUGCACAGCCACAAUACCCUUUCAUUCUCAAAACCUGCAGCUCUGUCUUUCCCACAAACAUUAGCUGAGGGCUCUACUAAACCUUACAAGCAAAUCCCCACUACACCAGAAUACUGCAAUACUCUGUGUACAUUCACUUUGAUGCAUGCUUUUCUCUACAUUUAACAUUUGCUAUUGUAGCUAGACAGUGGUAGCCUGUGUCUUUUUGACAACUGAAUGUUGGACAGUGGUUACGCUCUAAGUGUCAUUGUGAACAAUCUGCUUUUCUCUUAUUACAAUAGCUCUUUGGCAGUAUGUUACAAUUCAUUGUUACUAAUGAAGAAAAUAAUAAUAAAAACAGAAACCUCA